GUCGUAAACAACAGAGACAGACACAUCUUUGUAGGCUGUCUCUACUCUCUGGCGGCGCGGGCCCGAGAUGCAGGCGUGGUUCUCCGGCUCCGGGCCAUCGCCCUCGUCGUCGGCGGCGGCGUCCUCCCAGGCGCCGUCGCUGCUCGCGGAAUGGAACUCCUACGCCUCUGCCCGCUCCGCCGAGGAGGAGGCCGGCGGAGGCUUCGGGAUCGACAUCGAGGCCGCCGUCCGCUCCGCCAACGACCGUGUCGCCGGCACCUUUGGCGUGGUCUCUAAAGGUGUUAAAGGGUUGCCCAGCUUCCAAUCCACAACAAGCAGUGUCCCCUCUGGCAAAUCUCUCAUGUAUUUUGGUCUUUUUCUUGCCAGUGGCAUUUUCCUAGUUUUCAUCGCAUUCACGAUAUUUCUGCCGGUCAUGGUAAUAAUGCCUCAAAAGUUUGCGAUCUGUUUCACAAUUGGAUGUGCCUUCAUAAUUGGAUCAUUCUUUGCACUGAAAGGGCCCAAGAAUCAGCUCUAUCAUAUGAUUUCGAAAGAGAGGUUGCCCUUCACCAUUGGGUUUCUUGGCAGCAUGUUUGCUACCAUCUACGUUUCAAUGGUGCUCCAUAGCUACAUACUUUCUGUUUUUUUCUCUUGUCUUCAGAUUCUUGCACUAGCAUAUUAUGCUAUCUCAUACUUCCCUGGUGGAUCUGCUGGAAUGAAGUUCCUGUCAUCUGCCCUUGUGGCAUCGGUGCUGAGGUGCUUUGGGCGAUGAGCUCUCCCGCUAGUUGCUCUCACCCUUCUAUCGCAGCCUGUAUUCAUUAUAAACCUCAUGUAGUCCUAUUAUAUAUUUACUUUUGUUUUUGACAUAGAGAUAGCAUCUGUGAAGGUUACCGUGGAGUUUGUGUCCAUUGAUACACAUAUACAAGAAACUUACCAAUAGCAUCGGUUCCAUGAAAACAUCGAAAAGCCUUGUUCCUGGGAUCGAAUCAUGGAAAUCAGUAGUGAUGGAAAUUUAAUUGAGUCAAACAGUUUGUGAAAUUUGGAGACUUGGUGUGUGGCCUGACUUUCUAACUUGCAUUACUCAA